AUGUACAAUAGUAAAGAAAAUAUUAAAGCAUCUAAAAAACCAUCUGAAAAAAGCAAAAAGCGGUCAUAUAUAUCAGUGUAUUUUAAUAGUAGUGAAUUAUUUAUGUUUGACUAUGAUAUAUGUUUAGAGGAUAGAAAAGAAUUAAAAAAAUGUCAUAUACGUUUGAUUUACAUACCGUUAACUAACUUAUUUAAUUUACCCAUAAAUUUUUCUGAUAAUAUGACUUUUCGAAAAUAUAUUAAAUUAAUAGAUACAUAUAAGUUAUUUAUAUUACAAUUUAUUGUUGCAAUGGCACAAGGAGAAGAUAGUGGGGAAGCAGAUGCAAGUUGCAACAAAGGAUCAACUGGAGAAAAUGGAGGUAUUGAGGCAUAUAAAAUUAUGAAAAAAUUAAUUGUAAAUUAUAUAUUCGAAGUCACUAAAAAAAAAACAAAAGAAGAGGAUUUAUGGAUGAAUUAUUAUAAGAAAACUUAUGAUCAACCACAUGGAUCCACUCAUCAAGGACAUCUAUAUGGUGAAAGCAUACAACAACAGCAAAUGUUCCCAGUGUAG